AUGAACAAGACUCAGGCAACCAAGUUUGUAUUCUCCGGACUUACUGAUGAUGAGAAACUUGUCCCUUUCCUCUACGCUUUCUUUCUACAAGUUUACAUCAUAACUGUGGUUGGUAAUGUUGGUAUAAUGGUCAUUGUCCAUGAGACAUCCACCUUCCACACUCCCAUGUAUUACUUUCUCAGCUACCUCUCCUUAGUGGACCUCUUCUACUCCUCAGCUGUAACUCCUAAGAUGUUAUCUGACCUGAUCUCUGGAAAGAAAGUCAUCACAUUUCAUGGUUGUGCACUCCAGUUCUUUGUCUUUGCCACUCUUGCGGGUACAGAAGUUGUUCUCCUCUCAAAUAUGUCCUAUGACCGCUAUGCUGCCAUCUGUCAACCUCUACAUUAUGUGUCCAUAAUGACCAAGAAGAAAUGCUCUAAUCUGGUCGCCCUUGCAUUUUCUCUUGGUGUCUUGCAGUCAACAGCUCAGACCAGCUGUGUAUUCAGCCUCCAAUACUGUGCCUCAAAUCUCAUCGACCACUUCUACUGUGACAUCCCACCGCUGCUCAAACUUUCCUGCUCCGACACCUUCGCCUGUAAUAUGGUCACUGUGUUCCUCAUAGGAUCUUAUAGUGUGUGUUCAUUGACCACCAUCCUGGUUUCCUACAUCUUCAUCUUUUUUUCUAUUUUACAGAUCAGGUCGGCUAAGGGCAGACAGAAAGCAUUUAGCACCUGCUCCUCACAUCUUAUUUGUUCCUCCAUCUUCUAUGUAUCUGUGUUCCUUGCCUAUGUUCGUCCUCCUUCAGAUACCUUUAAAAGGGAAGACAAGGUGAUUUCCAUUUUUUAUUCAGUGAUUACCCCAAUGCUGAAUCCACUCAUAUAUAGCCUGAGAAACCAAGAGGUGAAGAAGGUCAUUAUUAGAGCAGUACACAGCUUAAGUCAUGGCAAAAGAAGACAGUUGGCCAUGAAGUAG